CUCCUUGUUAGAUGCACAUCUAUUAACUCUUUUUGAUUUUGCUGCUCUUGUUUUUUCUUGUCGUUGUGGAAGUUUUGACUAUGGAUUGGUGGAGUAUUUGAUAUUACUUAUGACUUUAAUAAGUUUAACAUCUACAUCAUGUUCGUCGUCAUGAAAGUAGAAUGCAUCACUAGGAGGUUGUUUCUAUUGGACGAGGAGUUGUGUUGUAUGAACAGAAGAUCGUUCAUGAUUGUUGAUGAUGCCUUCGUGACGACAACAACAAGAACUACACGGACAAGGUAGCAUACUCACAUCUUCAGCACGACGAACAACAGACAACAGACAUGUUCGGAAGAAGCGGAGGUCUUUCUUUAUGGUCGCUGACAGAUGCGUAUGGAGACAUCGUCGACUGCAUCGUUCGCCCUCCUCGACGUGAAUACAAGGCCCAUCAGCUUGGGCCUAGCACAUUCUUUCGCUGUGGCCGACAAUGGUGGCGACAGGAUCUCGAAUUGCGCAACCUACGUGGGCAGCGCUUGGUCUGCUCGCAUUAUCGCGAGAUCACGACACCGGAAGAGCAUGACGGUGGACAGACGAAGAGACGAGAAGACCCACAGCAUCGACAGGUUUCAGGAGAAAACACUGCAGCACCCGGCAUUGAGUUUGCCGCAAGCUCGUCCGCAAUAAACGGACGAGACAACCCAACUGCCGCCACAUCUACAAACCGAGUUGUCAGCCUCGUGCAUGCUGAAGCCGAGGAGCAAGAGGAAAUGAGAAAGAUCCUUGCCGGACAAUCGUCAGACGAAGACCGCACGCAGCUGAUGCCCUCAACCUCGCGAAGCAUUGCGAAACUGGCAACGCGACAAACUUCAGCCGGGCCAACUCCUGAUGCUAUUUCUCACUCUCCUGAUGAAGGAAACAGAACGAGAAGUAGAAGAGAGUCCCUAUCUUCUGAUGCUGGUGUGGAAGAUGCAGAAGGUGAAGGAACAAGAUGCGCAAGCCCAGGUGUAAAUGGCGUUGUCUUUGCUUCAGCCUCAGUAUGGUCCCCACCCGGGGUCCCGACGCCUUCGUCCCUUUCGCCGGGUCUGCCUUCUGCUGCGCAGAGUCCUACUCAUUUGGGCAAGGAUACACGAUCCGGAAGACGGAGUGGGAAUGAAGAUAAGCAGGAACAAGACGACGACUUUUUCUAUGUUGAACAAGAGGACCACAUAUACUGUGCGCUUGACGGAGUUGUACACGAUGGUGAAGAAGUGCGGGAUUGCUUAGCUAUGACUACGUCAUCCGAAUCUGUUGCCGCGGAUGCCUCUUCAUUGUCGCCUUCUGGGAGAGGUCGGGCUGCCCCUGCAAGCAACUAUUGUUCGAAAAUCACGUCAAAAUCAGGGGAAGACGGUUUUCGAUCACCUAGAAACUACGGCCGAGGACGAGACGCACAUGCGACAAACAAACACAAAAACUACGCCAAGGCGUCACCGAGAGCUACUCCGAAAGGGCGCUCGCCAUCUACUUCAUCAAAAGGUGGAUCACGGUCUCCUCCCCCAUGCGUGAUCUAUCUACAUGGCAACAGUAGCUGUCGAUUGGAAGCAAAGGAAAUCUGGGAUUACUGUCUGCCGUUAGGUUUUUCCCUGUUUUGCUUCGACUUCGCGGGAAGUGGCAACAGUGACGGCGACCACGUCAGUCUUGGCUUUUUUGAGAAAGACGAUUUGCACACUGUCAUUCGGUAUCUUCAGGCGUGCGCACACGUUGGCCCCAUUCUCCUUUGGGGCCGCAGUAUGGGCGCGGUGACGGCGGUGAAGUACUGCUUCAAAUACGUACUCGGAGAUGGGCACAAAGAAUACAUGGAGAAGCUCGAGGAGCAGAGAGCGCAAGAUCCAGAAAAUGUUACUCAAGACGGGGACGAACACGAAGCAUCAGGAGUGGGCGGAACAGCUCUCUCAGCAAAGUCAACUGAAAGCGCCACACCAGUUCCAGUAUCAACAAAGCAAAAGCCAAGCCAAGAUAUCGAGCACUUUUUGGCUGGCCUACCAACACCAUCACCUGUACAACAUGGUUCCCCCGCGAAGAGCAGCGUCAAGAAAUUUUCACCACCUCCUAGGAGCAGUAGGACUAAGCAAAGAGAAGUACGGCAAAGACCUUCAUUGCAACCUAGCACCCCAUGUGGCCCAGACCAGGUCGAGCACUGCGCUGCGACGAUUCCGCAUUCCCCGAUUGCCGGACUAGUUUUGGACUCUCCGUUUUCGAAUUUUCGACAGUUGAUUCGCGAGCUUGUUUCGGGUGAUAGGAUAGCCGAGGCCUGCGAGGACGACGACGACACUGGAGCUUCCGUGACGACCGCCGCUAAGCGCUUUCUGGUGGCGGGUCUCAAAGUUGCGACCUCGAUAGGCAUUCUGGAGGCAGCUGUGCAGGUCGUGCGCUCUUCAGUGCGGAAUCGGGCAGGCUUUGACAUCCACGAUCUCGACAUCCUCGAAGAAGAUCUUGCUGCUGCAGAAGUUGGACAGCAAUUGCUUGCUGCAUCCUCAAGAACACCAUCAAAAUCGAGUACUAAAUCCAGUACUGCUCAAAAUAGAAGCAGGGUUGACAACAAGCACACUCCUGGGAAAACAACGGAGGGAAACGUGUCAAGUACAACUGCUUCUGAGAGUGAAGCCGAUGUUGGCACAGAGCAUGCCUCUUCGCGUGGUAGUACUAGUGCGCCGUCGUCCGAGAACGAGGAAGUUGUAGCAGCGCGAGUUCAGUACCUCCGCAGUAGUCCCAGCGCGCAAAUAAAAAAGCCUGGCGGGCGUGGAAUGCCUGUGGAGUCUAGUCUGCCGCACGAAAAUAAUCUGACAGCAGGUUCUUCUGGUUCGUCAGGAACUACAAGAUCCUCGACUGGUUCAUCUUCAACUUCCGGUGCCAUCAAGAAUGAAUACGAAAUACAGACUCUGACUUACGAGUCGGAGCUGAACAAGCUGCGUCUUCCAGUCUAUUUUCUUGCCGGAACCGAAGACACCUUUAUUCUUCCACGCCAUUCUCAGCUCCUACAUGCGUUUUGGGGUGGUAUGGACAAGCGCUUGGAGCUGAUGACUGGUGCUGAUCAUAAUUCGCAGCGGUCGGCGCUGUAUUUGAAACGCGUCCGAUCCUUUCUGGCACGAGCGGCAAGAGAGUGCCAGCGCCGUGUGAGCGCAAUGGAAUCGAUGCAACGCAAGAGUGCGCAUGUUUUUCAGCGAAUGAACUUGUGUCAGAUCUGCCAAAGUUUCCAUGAUGUUGUCCGGAACAAUCACGCUGCAAUGUUCGCGGCAACCACAAACACCUCGUCUAGAAGUGCUGCAAGUAGUAUUUGCUCUUCGAAUGUUGAAGCUGCAGGAGGAUCAACAGUUACAACAGCACGUGCCGACGUCGCAACUUCUUGGCUAAAAAGGAUGGCAAAAUCAUCAUCCACGACAGCUCUCAAUAAUGCCAAUAAUACGGGAAGUUUAGGCUUCAGGCAACAGCAGCUUGCUUCUCCGUCUGCGUCUUCAGGUACAGGUGCAGUUUUUAUUACGCCCGGCCCACAGUCUGGUAGCCCUUCUAAGCAAGGAAACCAGUGGAACAAGGCAAAUGUGGAGUCGAUAAGAAGUUGUCAGCAGGUAUUGCAUCGGAACCUAGUAACAGGAGCAUCCGUAAUUGAGCAUUCUCGGUGUCAACUGGAGACGGAAGGAUAUCUUCAGACGCGUCAGCAUCCCUCAUCCCCGCAGGUGCCGAUGAUGAGCGUCGCAAGAACAUCAGCGCCUCGAAUCCAUAUUGGCGGCACAGCAACAGCGGCAACGAGCUCUGCACUAGCCGCACCAGGAGGAACUUGCCCAUUGUCGAGCACAAUACGAGAUUCCCGUGUAACUCCAUCAUCGUCUUCUUCUAUAGGAGCACAAACAAGAAAGCAGCCGCCAAAAGCAAAUCGAUCUGAAAAUGGCGGAGAGUCUGCAUCGCAAACCUGCUCUCCUUUUGGUAAACGUAGCGCUGGCUCACCCCCCAGCACACCAAAGUUGGGUGUGCGAGGACGAGUUUUCCACACUCCGCAGUCAAAUACGCCAUUGUUGAAGCUCCUUCCUUAUCCUUCUUCACACAACAAUGGAACGAAAGUGCCGCAAAUCACUGCACUCGGUCUUGCACCUACCUCGACUUCAAGUUCAACAUCAGGCAGAAAUAAGGAUGUCUUAGAACAAGAAGAUCACAUCAAGGAAGAGGUAUCCCUCGAAGACCAAUAUGCACCUGGCCCGCAUCUUCAAGAUGAAAGAACCUUACCGCAUCCGCAGCGCGCUUUGGUGGAGCCACGACCGUGUGAUUUCUCACCAUCAGUAGAGGCCGAUGGAGAUGAACAUGAAUGUGCAAGAAGUGAUCGUAAUAUGGAGAGAACAACAAGUUCAAAUGCUGGUGCUUUGAGCAAAGUUUCCUACUUCUACUAUCAAGCAUCGCGUGGCAGCAAGCCAAGCCACGCAGUUUCUUCGCCGGAUGACACCCGCAUUCGGCAGUGUCAUACCACGCCCCCAAGACGAGGAAGCCAACACGACGAGUUCUUCACCGAGGAGGAUGCUGCUCAGAGUCAGAAGCAAAGAGGGCAGCUCACGAAAAGAGAUCCGGCGUCUCCCCAUACUUACUCUGCACAUGAUUUGGGCACUUGCAUUUCUGACGGGAUGUUGAACGAUAAAGAUAAAACAACUUUUUCUGCAUCCGUACAUCAAAUAGCCGACAGAUCGGAAGACCACACAAUCACAAGAAGCAAAGUGCCCCCUUCGAAGCCUGAUCCGGCGUUGCAGUUCAAGCCGCCGCUGCUAGUGCAUGCAAGCUCUAGCGUGGCUCGAAUCGGGCCAACGUUAGGUGCGGUGCCCGGCGCAGGCGUGCGACCACUCUUGCCAGUGCUGGGGAGGAAUGCUAGUGCUCUGCUGAAGCCUCAAGCAGCUCUCGAGUCUCCGAGUGCCUUGUUCGCAAAACAGCCAUUGAAAGCUCAAGUUGCGAGGCCUUUCUCGGUAACGACGCAGGGAGGUCAAAAUAAAAAUGCUGUCGAUGAUGUUACGCCCAGCGCCUCCUCCUCGUAGUUAUGGUCGGCAUAUUUUUUUACGAUUAAAGAGAGACCACCAGCCACCCCCAGUAGAAAUCAAUGAGAAACGGUGUAAAAAAGAUGAAUCUAUGAAUAUCUCUGGCUUUGCGGUGGUGGAGUAAAAGAAGGUAGUUCUAAGUCUAUCACUAAGAGUAAGAAUACGAUGUAUCGCAAUUUUUAUUUGCAAACAUGAUCAUUGAUUAGUUUCUCGUCCACUUUUUGCAUUGUCAUAUCAUUAAUUUGUUUAAUCACUCAGGAGCUCUUUUCAUUUCAAUUUCCCGAUGAAUUGCCACAGCAUGAUCACGGUGGAAAUAGAAUGCAGGACCAUGAAUACGAAUAGCAUGAACGCAUUGUCACUAUCCAGAGCGGGAGGACGCACUAAGAACAGUAUUAUUAAUGUUGCAAACAAGAACAUUAAUAUAUAAUAAAUAUGCAGAACAGAUAGUAGAGCCAGUGCAGAACUGUCAGGUUGAAACCUGAAAGGAUACAUAAUCAUAAUCUUUUCGAAAAGUAUGACUCACUUUGUUAAAACGUGAUGUAUAGGAUGAUGUGUUUGGAUAGGACUUUUCUUGCUUGAUUUGUUGGCUACAUCUUUGGGUAAGUAUAUCUCUACUCGCAUUUCCAUGUAACGAAAAAGUCUUCAAAAAAAUGUGUAGAAACUCGUUAACGAUUGCAUAUUCGUUAGUCUUGUACCGCUUGGUCUACAACAUUAUAUAAUUUAAAGAUAUUGAAUAACUGUUAUUCGGGGUCGAAAAAUAGGGAGCAUGUUCGGAAGGAAUCAACUAGGCACGCAGCUAAAUAUUCGCGUUUGCGCAUGAAUGUGCAUCUGACUCUUCU